UCCCUUGAGGUGUGUAAGUGGUUAUAAAUAUCUUCCUCUAUCUUUGGAAUCCAUGUAGAAUAUUUUCCAAUACUUUUUCAAUAACCAUAUCAGAUUCGUGAGCACGAAUACAAUACAUUAUUGAACUCAUUCAAAAUUCGAUGUAAGUAUUCUUAACCUAUACUUAACUCGUUCGCAUCUAUCCACGAUAAAUUUAAUAUACGUAGCAGUGAUACGUGACCAAAUCUAUUGCGUCGUAAUUUUACAUACAUACAAGACAAGUUAUAAUGCCUACUUAUAGCUUCUGUGAAUGCCACGUCCCGACCAAUAGCGGGCGAGAAGCGCUCCGAUUGGCUCGAGGGAACAGAUGUACAUACCACGCUUGGAUCGUACAUACCCACACAUGUACAUGAUUAUAUACUGCACACCCAUGUGUUGAAUAUUAUUAUUCCUUGGAAUAACUUUUUAUUUACAUAUUUUCAUCCUAUUGAAAAUCGUCUGAAUUGUAAGUGAUACAAUCAUGUAUUUCAUGUUUUUCGUGUAUCGUUAAAUAAUCUGAUAUAUUUACUAUGAAGUUCAGAGUUGUACAAAUCGUUAUUUUCAGUAUUGAGGCUCGUACUUUGGUGCUUUUGCCCAAGGAGAAGACUUAAAAAUAUCGGAGAACUCUUUGCAGGGCCACAAAAUAGUUAUACAUUUUGUUUAGCUGUAAGAGUUAGCACGUUUAACGAAUUUUUAUCUUUCGAAGAACAUAUAUCGCCUAAAAAAUAUAGAAGUGCUUGAGGUCAGAGCACUGUAUAUUCUUAUUAUCAUUUACGUGAAUAAGAUGUAUUAAUACUUAUGGAAUAUUAUUUUAUAUAAGGUACUUUUGUUGAAAAAAUCGAGCUGGAAGCGUGUGUAUGUGUGCGUAUUCAAUACACUACGAAAUCAAUCUCCUGGUAACGGUAGCGAGGGGCUCCUAGUAGGUCGCAGCUGCCGGCUCCUCUGAUUGGUCGGCAGCUGGCAUCCUGUUUUGUUAUAUAAGCGAGGCGACUUCUCGGCGUACCCGGCAAAACCACUUCAGACUCCGUCGUCGUACGAUCGAUUGCUGCUGCUUGGGUUCUUGAUUUUUCAUCUACGAGUUUCUCGAUCUCUGAAUAAUUCGUGAUGCCGCCAAAGGUCAGUGGUAAAGCCGUGAAGAAGGCCGGCAAGGCUCAGAAGAAUAUUAGCAAGACCGAUAAAAAGAAGAAGAGGAGGAGGAAGGAGAGCUACGCGAUCUACAUCUACAAGGUUCUGAAGCAGGUGCACCCCGACACCGGUAUAUCCAGCAAAGCGAUGAGCAUAAUGAACAGCUUCGUGAACGACGUGUUCGAACGCAUCGCCGCCGAGGCCUCCAGGCUGGCGCAUUACAAUAAGCGAUCAACCAUCACCUCACGGGAAAUUCAAACUGCCGUGAGGCUGUUGCUACCUGGCGAGUUGGCCAAGCAUGCGGUCAGCGAAGGCACCAAGGCGGUCACCAAAUACACCAGCUCCAAAUAAGGGAAAAUUGCUAGGAAAAAAAACGGAAACAAACGGUCCUUUUCAGGACCAACAAAAGUUUUGAACGUCGGCUCAAUUUCUGUAUCAUCAUUCGUAAUGCGACUCACAACUGU